AUGUCGGCAGAUAAUUCGCCGAUCAAACUAAAGAAAUCGCAGAAUGAAAUCCAGACUGUAGAUACUUUUGAAAACCAAGAUACAUUAAUUAAGCAUGUUGAUAUAUCAAUAGUCGAAUCAGAGAAACGGGCUAACGGAACACUGCAUGUACGAGAUCAUUAUACUGUGUACUUAAUUGAUGUAAAAGUAACAGACCCAGAAUAUAAACUAGUGCAAUCCAAAAUAAGUAUGAUAUGGCGCCGAUACACAGAGUUUGAACAGAUUCAUGACUAUUUACAAGUUACAUAUCCACAUGUAGUUAUUCCGCCAUUGCCUGAAAAAAGAAUUCUAUAUGCAUGGAGGAAAUGUGACACAACAGACCCUGAAUUCAUAGAGCGUCGUCGAGCUGGUCUCGAAAACUUCCUGCUGCGGGUUGCCUCACACCCUCGGCUAUGUUUUGAUGAUCAGUUCAUCAAUUUCCUGCAACAGGAGCAUGGAUGGAGAGAAACUAUUACUGACAGUGGAUAUAUUCUGCAAGCUGAAAACAAAAUAAAGUCAUUGUCAGUAUCGAUAAGACUCAAAAAACCAGAUCCAGAAAUUGAUAGCGUUAAAAACUAUGGGAAACAACUAGAGGCUAAUUUAGGAAAUUUUCUUUAUACUAGAUCUAAAAUAAUAGAAAAGAAUUAUGCUCUAUGCAAACUUCAUGCUAACUACGGCAAGCUAUUCAGUGAAUGGAGUGUCAUAGAGAAAGAAAUGGGUGAUGGCCUACAAAAAGCAGGACAUUAUUUUGAUUCCAUAGCAGAUUCAAUAGAGUCAAUAGCUGAAGAUGAAGAGCAGCUGGCAGAUCAGCUUAAGGAGUAUUUGUUCUUUGCAGCGGCCUUGCAGCAAUUGUGUGCGAACCAUGAAGCAUUACAACGCAAUCUUGAGAAUGCCAAUGAUGCUUUGAACAAUCGGAUAGCGGAACGCACACGUGCGGCGGCCGGCAAGUCCGGGAUAAUGUCGCGGCUGUUCGGUACCACGGAGCCCGACAUCGUGCGCGACCAGAGCACGCGUGCGCUCGACGCCAAGAUCGCGGCCGACAGGCUCGCAAUAGAGCGCGCACGGGUGGAACUAGAGGAGUUCUCAAAGAAAGCAGCUGUUGAAAUUGAAUAUUUCCAGAAACAAAAGGAUAAAGACCUUCAUGAAUCACUUGUCAGUUUUAUCGCUUUGCAAGUGAAAGCAGCUAAAAAGAACCUUCAAGCCUGGACACAAAUCAAGGAAUGCCUUCAAAACAUGCCUUAAAAGAAAAGCAGUCACCAAAAAAUCCUAACAAAUGUUUAAUAUAUUUUAUAUUGUAUAAAGAAAUUAAAUUUUUAUAUUUCACUUUUUA